AGGCGGGACCUACGAAGCACGUUCAGUCAGUCACUAAGACAUCCCGGAGGCUGAGAGGUGGGAGCUUCUACGCGUGUUGGCCGCCCGGCGGCUUGUGAAGUUCCAGCCUCAUGGCGGAGAUAAUUCAGGAACGCAUAGAAGAUCGAAUCCCGGAGUUGGAACAGCUAGAGCGCAUCGGGCUCUUCAGCCGCGCGGAAAUUAAGGCUAUCAUCAAGAAGGCAUCUGAUCUAGAAUACAAAAUACAGCGGAGAACCCUUAUCAAGGAAGACUUUAUCAAUUAUGUUCAAUAUGAAAUUAAUCUUUUGGAGCUGAUCCAGAGAAGAAGAGCAAGAAUUAAAUAUUCAUUUAAGAAGGAUGAGAUUGAAUAUUCUAUUGUACAUCGAGUACAAGGUAUCUUUGGUCGUGCUUCAGCAAAGUGGAAAGAUGAUGUUCAACUCUGGCUGUCCUAUAUAGUUUUUUGUAAGAAAUGGGGUACCAAAGCUCAACUUAGCAAGAUAUUUUCGGCCAUGCUUGCCAUUCAUUCAAACAAACCAGCUUUGUGGAUUAUGGCAGCCAAAUGGGAAAUGGAAGAUCGUUUGUCUUCAGAAAGUGCCAGACAGUUAUUUCUUCGGGCUCUACGAUUUCAUCCUGAGUGUCCUAAACUCUAUCAAGAAUACUUUAGGAUGGAGCUGAUGCAUGCCGAGAAACUGAGGAAGGAAAAGGAGGAAUUUGAAAAGGCUGCCAUGGAGAUGGGGAGUUUUGAUCAUCCUGAAGAAAUCCUUGAGGGCGAGUUGGCACGAAUCAUUUACAAAAAUUCUGUAAGCAAGAUUAAAGGUGCAGAAUUUCAUGUGUCACUUCUUUCAAUUGCACAACUAUUUGAUUUUGCCAAAGAUCUACAAAAAGAAAUUUAUGAUGACCUUCAAGCUCUGCACACCGAUGACCCACUCACUUGGGAUUAUGUGGCACGGCGAGAAUUAGAGAUCGAGUCCCAGCCAGGUGAAGAGCAGCCUGUAUCAAAGCAAGCCAAAGCCGUGGAAGUGGGCCGAAGGGAGGAAAGAUGCUGUGCGGUGUACGAAGAGGCAGUGAAGACUCUGCCUACAGAGGCCAUGUGGAAGUGUUACAUCAACUUUUGUUUGGAAAGGUUUUCUAAGAAGACCAGUAGUGUACCCCUCAGAGGACAGAGGCUGGAAAGAACCAUGCUUGCAUUCAGAAAGGCCCAUGAACUGAAGCUCCUUUCUGAAGCCCAGUACAAGCAGUGGGUUGACUUGUUAUUGCGCCAGGACCUCUUUAAAGAAGCUUUGCAGGUGGCAGAAGCUGGGACUGACUUGUUCAAAGACUCUGCAACAAUGUGGCAGAUGAAGCUACAGGUGCUCAUUGGGUCAAAGAGCCCCGAUGUAGCUAUGCAUUUUGAAGAAGCCUUUGCACACCUCAAACCCCAGGCUUGUCUGCCCUUGUGGAUUUCUUGGGCCGAAUGGAGUGAAAGUGCUAAAAGCCAGGAGGACACUGACGCAAUCUUUAAGAGAGCUAUUUCAGCUGUCACAGGUGCCAGUUCAAUAACUCUGAAGGAGAAAUACCUGGAUUGGGCUUAUCGAAGUGGUGGCUACAAAAAGGCCAGAACAGUGUUUAAAAGUCUGCAGGAAAGCCGCCCGUUUUCAGUUGAUUUUUUCAGGAAAAUGAUACAGUUUGAAAAGGAGCAGGACCCCUGCAAGAUGGCAAACCUACGGGAAUAUUAUGAGAGGGCGCUGAGAGAGUUUGGCUCUACUGAUUCUGAUCUUUGGAUGGAUUACAUCAAAGAAGAAUUGAGCCACCCCUUCGGUAGACCUGAGAACUGUGGACAGAUCUAUUGGCGAGCCAUGAAAAUGUUACAGGGACAGUCAGCGGAGCUGUUUGUAGCUAAACAUGCCAUGCAUCAGGCUGGCCACUAGCGAAGAGUACUACCAAUUCAGUGAAAUUGUAUUGCAAGCCCCUGGGGUGGUUUGUAAUAUGAGUCAGUGUGUAUGAAUUGUUGAGACGUGGCAGACAGGGUAGCUGAUUGAUUUUGUGACAUACUUUAAUUUGGCAUUACUCUUUGGUUCCAGAGAAGAGAACUGUCACUGCCUGUUAAAUCUAAAAUACAUGGAGAUCAUA